AUGCCAAAUCCGAACGUCGUCUCUGAUCAUGUGUUGCUUGCCGCAGAGUUCAAGAUCUCGUCAAUGUACAAAUUUCCUUCAAUCAUGGCCUCCCACGAAUCUCGUGUACUUAAUUCCACCAACCAGAUAACAGAGAUGUGCAGAGAUGUCGGCGUAGGAGGAGGUGCAGAAGGGGGUGCAGAAGGGGGUGCAGAAGGGGGUUGUGCCGAAAGAUGCGAGCUCCUAGUUGUGAUAGGGGGAGAGUAUAGUAUAUUAUACGUAUACUUUCCUGAAACGCGUUGGAAUCGUCGAUCCAACAACUGUGGUGUAUACGCGCUUGGGGACGGAUGGGAGGCGCUUGCGCAUAACUUUGUGAAUCACAUAUUUCGUGAUUCACAUAUUCAAAAACGCGACGGCUUCGCACAACAGCCUACCUAUACCACCCCCAAAGGGAAAAUCUCUCACUGCAACAGCAGCAGCAUGUCAACCGCAGAAGCUCAGCAAAUGCUGGAGAGGAAAGAGCCCAACAUAUUCAACGGGAAACCGCACACCCCAACCCACCGCACACGGGCCCGAUCGGGCUGGGAAACCUUGCCAGCCUACGAUCACAGGGAUGAGUUAUUGGCGCACCUGGCUGCGGGAAUCACUCAAUUCCUAGUGAUGGGUCCGACGGGCAGUGGAAAGACGACAGCGUUCGUCUAUUUCAUCCUUAUGUAUCUCUGGGAUGCCGGUGUCGUUAAAAAGGGCGAAAGCAGGGUUACGGGGUGCAGCCAACCCCGUGUGGUCGCGGCCAUCGCGACAGCCAAUCGAGUCACAGAAGUGAUGGACAUGACAGUUGGCCAGGAGGUGGGCUACAAGACGGGCCCUGACACCGCUUACACCAAGGGCACCACCAAGCUCUGCUUCGCUACGGAGCAAAUCCUCAUCAUCGAGGCCCAGAAUGACCCACUCCUUUCGAAAUAUGCCGCAAUUGUGGUUGAUGAGGCCCAUGUCCGCACCCUGCACGUGGACAUGCUCAUGACUACACUGAGACUCGCAAUCGCUAAGCGCAAGGAUAGAGGAGACCCUCUCAUCACCGUGAUAAUGAGCGCGACGAUGCAGAGGGCACUGGACAUGUUCAAAGACUAUUUCUUCGGCGCAACUGUGGUUCGGAUACGGCAUGAUCCCCACAAUAUCGCGAGGCUCUAUGAUAACGAGGGUCUUGACCUGUCGAAGAAAAAGACGGAGAAGGACUCGUAUUACGCCCGGGCCCUGGCAAACGUUAUCAGAAUACUCAAGUUCAAAGAUAACGACCAGGAAGGCGAGCCUAGGCCACCGCAAGCUCUUCCUGGAGGUAUCCUCGUGUUCCUACCUGGACGUGAGGACAUUGACCGCAUGGAGGCCGAUCUCGAUAACUGGAUGGAAUACUCUGGCCACCCCGCUGAAAACGUAAAACUUGGCAAGUUAUACGCCGGGAUGCCUACGGAAGUGCAGCAAAGGGUGAUCGGAGCACAGCCUGGAAAGAGGAAGGUUGUCUUGGCGACAAACGUGGCGGAAACCUCCCUCACAGUUGGGGGCAUCGACCAUGUGGUUGACUGCGGUGCCGCCAAGAUCAUGGUAUUCGACCCGCGCUCUGGCCUGCACGAACUUAGCACCAAGUUCAUCAGCAGGGCGGAUGCAGAACAACGCGCGGGAAGAACUGGUCGCACUGGUCCCGCGGAGGUCAAACAAGUGCGACUCGAAUCGGCUGUCCUUUGCGUCAGAGGAUUCGGAUACCGCGGGGUUGCGGGGGAUGCUCCUUGGCCCUGGUUCAAGCAACCUGUGCCGGAAUCAUGGAAACUCGGGAACGAUGUUUUGACACGCAUCGGUGUCCUGAAGGAGACAGGGGAACUCACUCGUGUCGGUGCUGUGGUGGCAAGACUCCCCAUUGACCCUCAACUGGCGACUGCUCUUUGGCACGCUUGUGAUAAGGGCGUGGGACGACAUAUGUGCGAUCUGGCGGCAAUAUUGCAACAGCGCGCCUCGGUCCUGCAAUGGCCAAAUGAUCCGCUUGAGCGUGGUGAAGCCCUGCAAGUAUGGGGCUCGGGCCCUCAAGGCCGGAAGUUCAUCGACGACACGAGCGAUCACUUCGCACUCCUUAACGUGUUGGCUGCGUAUAGGAAAGUCCAUGUCCCACUUCGACAGACGUGGUGCCGAUCGGGGUUCAUCAACAUGCCAUCAUUAAAACUCGCAGAGCACUUGAGUGGUCGGUUGUUGAUAGCCUGUAAGGAGGCCGGCCUCAACACCGAUGAUGGCACAUCAAUCACGACGCCGAACAAGCGCAAGCUCAUUCUCCAGGCACUUGCGAGAGGCUUUGAGACGCAACUAGCGGUCAAACCGGACACUGACACGUUCUUCACCACUGUCCACUUGAAGACUACAGACGUCGUCAUUGACAAAAAUAGCUUCAUCCCACAGAAACCGCAGGGAGUUGUCUUGUACCACUCAGGCAUGAUCAGGGGCGAAACCAAGAAAAGGGUGAUCUCCACAUGUACUGUUCUGCCGGAACCGCCAUCCGGACGGACGAUGUCAGAUUACCUGCCACACCCAACAUGGCAAGAAGUGCAAAGAAUGCGGAACCAUCCUACCAGUUCUGCAACCGCAACGGCAACUCGUGCCACCGCUUGA